GUUACACCCGAUACCUUUCCAUUUCUACACCCCGAGAUCCCUCUCCCCUUCCUCUCAGCAUCCCAUCAGUGAUUUAUUUCCAUUAACUGUCCCUCGUUGCCCAAUUCAAAGUUCAAACAAGCAAACUCCAAUUCCGGUGGAACAAAGUCAAUGAUGGAUGCCAGAUGUCUCUCUCCUAAUCCAUCCAGGCCCCUAAACCUCAAUCCCAAAACCCCAGAUAGCAGCACCAAUAGCAUCAGAAAGAGCACAAACUCUAAUCCAUUCAAAGCUUCCAAUCCUUCAGAUGUACCUCAGAAAAAUUCAGGAUCCAAGGCCGGGGCAGUGCCUUCAUCUCUGCGCUCCUCCUUUGAGCAAAAGGAGAACGAAAGGGAUCUGAACUGCUCGAAGACAGCCAGGGUGAGAUCCCCUGUAAUGCCUUGUUCGAAGGGUGUCAAGAACUUCAUGGCCCCAACAAUUUCUACCUCUUCCAAGGCCAUUGCUGCAUCCCCAAGGAGGAAAAUCCUCGCCGAGCGGAACGAGGUCGUCAGGUCUUCUCUUACUUCAGUUUCUGAUUCACAUGAAUCUCUUGCAAUGGAGGAGGUUGUCUCGAAACCACAACUUGGUUGUGGUUGUGACCCUCAUACACUCCAUGAUGCUGCAAAUUUACCCAAAGUUUCAUCUGAUCAACUGGGUUCAAAGGAUAUCGUGCCGAAACCUGAAAUGGGUUUCGGUUUCCAGGAAGUCUCGGAUGGUGCUGGCGCCACGAAGGUAGACCUGGAAGUCAAGAACCUGCAACCUGUCAUAAUUUCCUCCUUUUCUCCUUCACCAGCUAUUUCUCCUUCACCAGCUAUUGCUCCUCCGGAUGCCGAUCCAUCCAUGCCUCCUUAUGAUCCCAAAACCAAUUACCUUUCCCCAAGACCUCAGUUUCUUCGUUACAGACCCAACCCUCGGAUUGAGCACUAUCUCAACCAAGAUGGUGAUUUGCUCGAUAUAGGUGAUGGGAAGCAGCUUGAGGAUAGCUUUUCCUCUGAAACCUGUGAGGCCACCUCCAGUCAGACUGAGGAAGUACAACCUUCUGACUUACAGAAGGAUUCCGAGGAAGUGUCUUCUUCCAAUGAGGUGGAAGCUAUGGAAGCCACUGAUGCAACCCUUGUUUCUAAACCUGAAUUCAUACCCGAUUCAAAUAGUAAACAUAUUAAAUCUCUCUCUUUCGGCAGAUUUAAGUUCACUCUCCUUCUUCUGGUCCUGGCCAUCCUGUUCCUUUUGGUCCCCUUGUCUGAUUCUCCGACAUUAUCUCCUGCUUCUACUGUGUUGAAAGCCCCAGCUUUAUGGUUCUUUGAGGAUCUGCCUUUUAGAAACCACUUGAGUGCUUCUAUUGUGAAUCUCAAAGAGCUAACUAGAAGCUUGGGACAAUGGUCAGUUAAUUCAUUUUCUUAUUACACUAAUGUGGCUUCUCUUCCAAAAGAAGAGGAAUUUAGUUUGUUUCAUCUAGCUAACUUAACAACAGCCUUAGUUAUGGAUGAAGGUCUAGAAAAUUAUGAACAUUUUAUUCAGAAAACUGAGAUGGUGCAAGCUUUUAAGAAAAAUAUGGGAGAAGAGAGUAAUGGAGGACAUGAAAUUGAGAGAAAAUCUCAAGUGCAAGACGAUGAUGCUGAAUAUGAGACAGUGAGGAUGGAAAUGGAGCGAUCUGAAGAUUUGAGAGAAUAUAUCAUGGAAUUUGAUGAAGAGAAGAUUGAAACUGAGCUUCAGGAAGAUCAGAAAGAAGACAAUAAUGCUGUGGAAUUUGAGAUGGUGAAUAAUGUUGAAGAGCAUUCUAUGAAAGAUGCGGAACAAGGAGGGAAUAUUCAAGGCAUUGAAGAUGAGAAGAAUAUUGAGGUGGAGCUUUCCCGUUCUCAUGAUCUUGUGACUGAAACUGAAACUGUAGGCAGUGAAGAUGAUGGUAGUGAUUUCAGUUCCCUUUCUCAAACAAAGCCUUCUGAUUUUGACAGUCCCCCCAUAGUUGGUAAUAAGUAUCAAAUCUCUAGUAGCCCUAAUUCAGAAGAAUCUAUGAUUUAUGGAUCCGAAUAUGAGUUUGCAGCACCACUGGUAUUGGGAGUAUUUUUGGCAGCUGCAAUGUUGGCAGCAUCCUUGGUUUUUCUGCACAUCAUGAAGCAAAAGCAUACUGCCAGGGUGGUGACACCUGAGAAGCUGCCACCCCAUAAAGUGAUCUCUACAUCAAUUUCUGGUAGCAGUGAGAGCUACAUUGAUAAAAGGAGACCUUACCAUCAGAACUCUCCAGUGGAUGUUGAGAUGGUGGGUGACUCAGGUCCUUCAGAGCUGAGCACUGGUCUGUGCAACAGCUCAUCCAUUGGCCGGGGCAGGACAAAGAGAGCCAAAGAGGAAGAGAAUUUGAGUGAUGAGAGAAAGCUGAGGAGGGAUUCUGCAGUAUCGUCCUCUUCAAUCUCUUAUGGAAGUUUCACCACUUAUGAGAAAUUAUCUGCUAAGAAGGGAUCUAGAGAUGAAGAGGCUAUGACUCCAGUAAGGCGAUCAAGCAGGAUAAGGAAUCAAAUUAUAUCUCCAUAAGGAGAAUAUGAAGCCUUACUCUAACUGCUCAUGUGAUCUGACCUCAAAGUUGUCAACAUUUAUCACCCCAGCUGUGUUGUGUUUCAGUUCCAUGUACUGUUGUUUAGCUUCAUUUUGUUUAAUCAGUUGUGUGAAGUAUUGUAGGAAGUGUUCAAUGAACUAACAGCAGUGUGCUGUUCUUUCUAUUAAUAUUGUAAUCUCACACUUUCCCUAUUUUCUAAAGUCCAUUUAUGUGAUGGUGCCUAUCAGCUACUAUUACAAACUUCA